AUGGCAGGUUGGGAUCAGUACAUCACAAAUUUGACAAGUCAAGGUGUUACACACGCUGGAAUUUUUGGUAAUGAUGGAUCUCGCUGGGCUGCAUCUCCAAGUUUUCCGAAUAUUGAUCACCUUAGAGAUGAAUUGCCGAAAGCUUUCUCUGCGCAACCAUCUGGUGUUGUAGUUAAUGGUGAAAAAUAUAUAUUUAUUCGUAACCAAGAUCAUUUUGCUGUCUUUCGAAAAGGUGCUGAUGGAAUGGUUAUUGUAAAAUUAAACCAAGCUUAUAUUGUUUCAAUUGGUGUCAAUCAAAAACCCGAAAUGUUAGUGGGAGCAACAAGCAAGAUCGGUGAAUAUUUAAAAAAUUGUGGCUAUUAG